UCUCCUCCUUCGCUGUUAUCGCUCUCAUCUUCGACUCGAUACCAUGAAGUUUCACAUCUCGAAUGUGCAUGCCCCCACUACAAAGUACACUGUGAUGAAUGCAAUAGAAUAUCAAGUGCUACCUAGAUGUCCUGACGAUCACGGCAAUGUGACGAACGAUGGUGCUGGUGCAUCCGUCCUUCCGACCGCGAUCGAUGGUAAACCCCUCGAAUGGUACAACCAAGACGAUAUCACUAAUCCCGUCGAAGAGAUCCCUUUCGUCGACCCGGAAAUCCAGAAGAAGAUCAAUGCGUCUCUGGAUGGUUUCGUCCUUCGCAAGUUCCAAAUUGGUACUUUCUACCGCCCAGAUAAUACAGGACCCUGGGAUCGUCCUCCGGACUUUUCUAUAGAAUGGGAGAUGGACGUUGUGCAGCAAAGCAUGCCGCGGAUCAAAUUUGAGAGCUAUUACAAGCUGAUGCGAAUCGAGAUAGAGGACCCCUUGACGCGCUACAGUAUCGUGAUGAAAUACCACAAUAUAGCCGAAAUAUCAAUGCCUUGCGACACCCGUGAACCCUAUAUUUGCUUUCAUUUGUUGACACCUCCCGUGUUUCAGAAGGAGGAAAUGCAUCUCCCCCAGACUGGAAAUUAUAACAAGAACUAUCUCCGGCGUGUAGGCGAAUUGUGCGCUAGCCACGGCGCCAUUGCUCCUUAUGCCCAUCAUAUUCGCAUCGUUCUACCUGACGACCAUUGCGAGCGUGACGUCCUCGACAGGUUUUACGACUCAUGUGUUGUGGCCGGCAUCGAUCCUCUAAUCCGACGUGUUUCGAUAAAUGCAAGGAACGAAGAGUUCUUCAACGGUGCCAAUCUCAACUGCGUAGACGGGUGGUUCGAAGUGUUUCACGACAACUGGCGAGUUGCUUUCCAGAUUGAGGCGCUUUUGCGCAAUGGUAUCGCCCAUACACGUGACGUGCUAAAACUUAUGCCCCGCAUCGACUGGCUCGUCAGCCACCACGAAAGUGUUGCAGGUGAACUGAUGCGUUACUUCACAGAGGCUGCAGCUCGUCGAUCUGCGGUGCAACCCCUGCAGAAGUGUUUCGAAGCAAUUCUGCAGAGGCAGCUCCGUCACCGACGAUUAACUGCUCCAGUCGGACGUUUUUUCUGUCAUCGUGUGACAUUCACACCAACUCGACUUCUAUUAGAAGGACCGAAUGUCACUCAGUCCAACAGGGUCACACGGGAAUUUAAAGGUUACGAAGACUACUUCCUUCGAGUCUCUUUCCGUGACGAAGACCGUCAACAAUUCAAGUGUGCUCGAGACGCCAACAGUGAGAAUUUUGUGCGGGAGCGGAUAGGAAAAUUAUUGAAGGAGGGAUUUGAGCUUGCGGGAAGACAUUUCAAAUUUUUGGCAUAUUCCUCCUCUGCUCUCAGGACUCACGCGUUUUGGUUCAUGAGCCGCUUUUGGCACCCCGACAAAGGAUGGGUGACAGCAGAGCGCAUACGCGGUGGUCUCGGAAACUUUGAAGCAGUCAUUUAUUCUCCGUCGAAGUAUGGUGCACGUAUCGGGCAAGCCUUCACUGCAACUGACCCUUCUGUCGAACUUCACAAGUCCCAGUGGAGCGAAAUGUCCGACAUUCAACAGAACGGCAUCGUGUUCACAGAUGGGAUUGGAACAAUAUCUCAAGAAUUGGCCGCUUUGAUAUGGCAAGCUUUGUGCGAAAAUUAUUCGGAUGGUGGGGCAAAUGCUGUUCAGCCUACUGCGUACCAGAUUCGUUUUCUUGGCUAUAAAGGAAUGGUGGUUGUGGAUCCCUUCCUAGAAGGGAUACAUAUGCGUCUGCGGAAAUCAAUGAGAAAAUUCGAUGUCCAGGGAAAAGACUACGCAGAAAUAGAGAUCGCCUCUGCAUUCACAGAACCAAAGCCGGUCCACUUGAAUAGGCCACUUGUCAUGGUACUUGAGGAUCGCGGUGUCCCCAUACAAGCUUUCCUGGAACUUCAAGAGAAAGUAGUGUCGAACACACAUGGAGCUGAUGGAUCGAUGCUAAUGUUUACCAACUUGCUGAAGAGGUAUAACCUUGGCGAGGAUUUCUGGGUUCCAGAUAUUCUCAGAAGGCUGAAGACUUUAGGGUUCGAACUGAAUCCAGAUCAUGCGCAAAAGCAGCUGGAUAGCCCCUUUCUUGUUCGUCUUCGUUCUGCCGCAAUCAACCAUGUUGUGCGUGGCAUCAAGUAUCGCGCCCGCAUUCCUAUUCCGGAAAGCUACAUGCUUCCUGGCGUUGCAGAUGAAGGACCAGCGUUUGUCGCUGUGGGAUACAAUAACAUAUACUGCCUUCCAGAGGGAAAGAUUUUUGCGUGUAUACAAAAUCCCGGCGACAAGGAACCUACGUGGAUCAGCGGCGCGUGCCUCGUCUAUAGGAGCCCGGUCGUACACCCAGGCGACGUGCAGCGUGUGGAAGCCAUCGGAAAACCUCCCAAAAACUGCCUAUUUGCCAAGCUUAAAAAUGUCGUGGUCUUCCCUGCACAAGGGACUCGGUCAUUACCGAACUCACUGGCAGGCGGCGAUCUGGACGGUGAUAUGUAUGAAGUGGUACAGUACGAGCCAUUUCUGGAUCUAAAACCUCAUGAACCGGCUACAUACCCUCCUGCGAAACCACGUACACUCGACAGGCCAAGCACCGUAGAUGACGUCUGCGAUUUCAUUGUCGAGUAUAUUAACUCUGAUGCCGUGGGCCUAGUCUCCGACAAACAUAUAACAAUAGCAGAUGAGUCGAAAGAUGGAACUUUGGAUCCCACCUGCCUCAAACUUGCGGAGCUACACAGUCAGGCUGUCGACUAUGCCAAGAACGGUCGCAAAGUCAGCGUUGAUGACUUGCCAAGGACGCCAUAUCCCUUGCCGGACUGGCAUGAAUCGGAACAGCCCGACCAACCUAAGAAUCUCAAAGCAAGUUAUUACGAAUCUUCUAGGGCUUUGGGGUACAUGUACCGCAACAUCAAGCUCGAAAAACUACCCGAUGACAGAUGCCGCCACAUGCAGUCCUGUUGGAACGAUGCUAUAUCAAAUGUGCUCCAACCACUCGUGCAACGCAAACUGUCGGACUAUAGGGCUUCUACAGACCAAUCCUGGGUAAAGAUAGUAGACUCGGUGUACGCCAUAUAUCGGGAAGAGCUCAUAUACAUAUCCACCACACACUCGCUUUCCAAGACCGCGCUGACUGAAGAAGAGCUGGUACUUGGAACAAUUAUGGCCUGCUCAGGCUCUAGCGAAGGAUACAAGAAAGAACCACUACGUGCGAUGAAUGAGAGUUUGUCGUUCCUCCUUCGUGUUACGAGGGAAGGCCUUGUUGGGGAGUUACACAAAGGCCCGGUGGAAAAACUACGUGGGCAACUGGCACGCGCAUGGGAGUCUUGGAAUGCGUGGAUCUAUACCCCGCACUUCCAGAGGGUUUCCAGCGAGUCUGGCUCCGAGCAAUUCGGAUCGCACAGCUUCGGUUUGAUAGUGCUCGGGCUUGUUCUGGAUUGUUUGGCGAGGAUGGGCGGCUUACCUCUAUGACAGAUUUACAUUGAACACUCAGUGUAUGAACGACGACGAUCGAGCUUUGUACUGUAUUCCCUCAUCUUGCUGUUGUAGUACCACUCACAGCUUGUUACUGAAUCAUUGUACGAAAAUCCCGCCAUCGGAUUAUAUCCCAUUUUCUGCUGUUACUAAUCUCAUCUUCGACUUGAUGGUAC